CCAGAGUGAGGCGAAGGACGGGAAUGAUGGCGUCUGCGGGAAUGGGACUACGGCGGCUCCUGGUGGCCGGUUCGAAAGCGAGCAGGAGUCGAGUGACCACUUCCCUCCUACCUGUAGCUUGUCCCAGGGUUCAUUAUCAUGUGACACCUCCUUGCAACUACAUACCCCGGAGAGCCGUUCUCUAUGUGCCUGCGGAUGAUGUAAGAAAGAUACAGAAGAUCCCAACUCUCAAUGUUGAUUGUGCAGUGCUAGAUUGUGAAGAUGGUGUUGCUCUAAAUAGAAAGGCAGAAGCUAGAAUAAAAACUGUGGAAGCCCUUGAGAACUUUGACUUUGGUCUGACGGAGAAAUGUGUUAGGAUCAAUUCAGUGUCUAGUGGUCUUGCAGAAGAAGAUAUGAAGCUCAUUUUGAAAUCCAAGAUUCUUCCUACUAGCCUGAUGCUCCCAAAGGUUGACAACGUAGAAGAAAUAAAAUGGUUUAUAGAGAAAUGUGCGUGGCACUUACAAGGCCGAACACUCAUAGAGCCGAUCAGUUUCAUUCCUUUUGUGGAAACUGCAAUGGGUUUGCUCAAUUUUAAGGCUGUUUGUGAAGAAACUCUAAGAAGAGAACCACAGGUUGGCCUUCAUUUAGAUGCUGUGGUAUUUGGAGGAGAGGAUUUUCGUGCCAGUAUAGGUUCAACAAGUAGUAAAGACACUCAUGAUAUUCUUUAUGCACGGCAAAAAAUUAUUGUCACAGCGAAGGCUUUUGGCUUGCAGGCCAUAGACCUUGUCUAUAUAGACUUCCAGGAUGAUGAUGGGCUACGUCAGCAAUCAAAAGAGGGUGCCUCAAUGGGUUUUACUGGUAAGCAGGUGAUCCACCCUAAUCAAGUUGCCAUUGUCCAGGAACAAUUCUCCCCAAGCCUUGAAAAAAUAAAGUGGGCACAGGAACUGAUUACAGCUUUUGAAGAACAUCAGCGUGUAGGAAAGGGUGCCUUCACGUUCCAUGGCAGCAUGAUAGACAUGCCGUUACUGAGACAGGCCCAAAAUAUCGUUACACUUGCUACUGCCAUCAAGAAAAAAUAAUCUGCUAAAUAAACUUUUCCUCAAAGAGUGAUUCCAGGAGCUUCUUCAAGAAAAAUUACAUGAUACUGAGAGAAAGGACAGUGCAAUGCUUCAUAUUUCAGUCGAAUUCAGAAUACAUGUCCAACAACUUUGAUCUAUUUUUCUUACUGAAUGUCAAUGAGAAUCCUAAGAUUGGAGCUUGUUUCCUCUGACAAACGAGUUGUGACAGACCUGAAAGCAAAACUGUUUCCUUUGGAAAAGCAACCAAUUAAAAUCAAUCAGUGAUGUGCACAAACAGGCUUCAAUUAAUAUUUGACUGAAAAAAAGUUCUGUGAACAGCAGAGUUGCCAAAGGAGGAAAACCUUCCUUAUCUUUCAGGGGUAUGUAGAAAAGGGGCCCUUGGGAAGCGUAUUUUGUUAUACAAAAGAGAAAAGAGCUGCUCUUUGUUUAAAAUUCUACACAACAAGUAGUCUUAAGAGAGGUUUUUGGGAAUUUCAGAGACUUGACACAUUAUAGGUUUGAAGGGAUCCAUAGACAUUCCUUCCUCAACUUGUGUUCCUGUUACUUUAAGAGUUAUACUGAAAGCAAACAUUGCAAAGGCAUAUUUUCCCCUGCUGAAGAUAAUAAAAUACACUUCUGGCACUGUUCUGUGUGACUUUUAAAGGUAGAACCUCCUCUCUGACUAGAUUUCCAGCUUAGCUUCUUUCAGUCUGAAGAUGCAUUGCUUUUAGAAUAUUUAAUCUAAAUUAACAACUGUGGUCCAAUGGAUUUUGCUGCCUGCAGUAGAAAGUGCAAGCUGGAAACCAUUUAAUAUGGCUUAGUUAACUUCUCAAGGAGUUUGCAGUUAAACAUCUGUAUGUAUCAAUUAGGAGUUCAAACCAUUUUCUGUAGCUUUUAUCAGAUGUUUUAGAAAAUUAAAUAAUUUGAAGUUUUCCCAUUUCGCUGUGCAAAGACAACUGUCAUGUGGACCUCUUCCCACCUAAAUGGACAUCUCUUUUUUUUUUUAAGUGCAAUUGGAUAUGAGAUUUAUAAAUAUGUGCAGUUUGGUAAGUCCCUGUAAUCCAAGUGCCUAUGGAGAAGGGAUUUAUCAAAACUGCUUUUUUUAAAAAAAGUAUCUCACUGUUGAAUCAGACCACUAGUUUUUCUUCAAAAUUCUCUGCACUGCUUUUAGUAUCAUCACAAAGGAUAACAGCAAAGGAAUUAUAGAUUGUAAAUUUCAGAAAGCUUAAUUUUUUUCUUUAACACUCAAUGAUAGUGCUACUUGAAUCCCUGCAGAUAGCCAUAUUACAGCAUUUUCAGCCCUGCAGAAAUCUGUUCUGAACGUGACCGUAAAGGAAGGAGGUAGUUACCAUGCCUUUUAUGAGCAUAUUAAUAAAGUCUGGUUUUAAAUUAUAAUGAGAAGAAAACUGGAUGUACCGUAAUUCCUCAGAAUGAUUAAUCCAAAAUUGCAGUUUGAGUAUGUACUUAGAAGGAUUCAUGGCAGAAUUAUAGGUCCAUAGACCAAAUAAGAUACAUGAUUUUUUCAGCCUCAAAUUGUCCUCAUGCACUGGUCACCCAUUUCCAUUCUCUUCAGAAAAGAUCAUUUCAGCUCAACUACCAGAGAUAUUUCUAACAGAACUGAACAUAGAAAAAGAUUUAUCUAACUGGCAAUGAACAGCUUUUGGUUCAGUCCUGGGCAUUCCCUUUGUGAAACUAAGAGAAACUGUACUGUUGAAAUAUACAGAGAUAAUAUAUUGUUGAGAUGACUUAGUAUUUGGAUAUGGUG